GGCAGCCGUGGUGAGCCGGCCCUUAUACUGGGGGCUUUAGAGAGAGAAGAGGGCUCCGUGCCUGUGGACGGGACACGGGGAACGGCGGCCCCCAGAGGGACGCUGCUACGUUAGAAACGGCCAGGAGGCACUGAGGUGUGGGGGGACGACGCUCGAGGGAGCUGACGCUUUGGCUCGGCACCUCAGCCUCCAGGCCCACUGAUGGAUCCGCUGACCAAAGGGUCCUGUAGGAGUCAGAUGGCACAAACCCUUCUAUGGAAAGCCAAGUCGUCUCUGUCCUUUGGAAUCCAGCCUCUUCAGACAUGGCCAACAGAAGACCCUGAAGUAGAGUCGCAGGUCAACCUCUCUGUCUCGGAAGACCUAGGCUGUAGACGUGGGGAUUUCAGUAGGAAACAUUAUGGAUCUGUGGAGCUGCUUAUUUCCAGUGAUGCCGAUGGAGCCAUCCAAAGGGCUGGAAGAUUCAGAGUGGAAAAUGGUUCUUCAGAUGAGAAUGCAACUGCUCUCCCAGGGACGUGGCGAAGAACAGACGUGCACUUAGAGAACCCAGAAUACCACACCAGAUGGUAUUUCAAGUAUUUUUUAGGACAAGUCCAUCAGAAUUACAUUGGAAAUGAUGCAGAGAAGAGCCCUUUCUUCCUGUCUGUGACCCUCUCUGACCAAAAUAAUCAGCGUGUCCCUCAAUACCGAGCAAUUCUUUGGAGGAAAACAGGUUCCCAGAAAAUAUGCCUUCCGUACAGUCCCACAAAAACUCUCUCUGUGAAGUCCAUCUUAAGUGCCAUGAACCUGGACAAAUUUGAGAAAGGCCCCAGAGAAAUUUUUCAUCCCGAGAUCCAAAAGGACUUGCUGGUUCUUGAAGAACAAGAGGGCUCUGUGAAUUUCAAGUUUGGAGUUCUCUUUGCAAAAGACGGGCAGCUCACGGAUGAUGAGAUGCUCAGCAACGAAAUUGGAAGUGAUGCUUUUCAAAAAUUUUUAAAUCUUCUGGGUGACAAAAUCACCCUAAAGGGCUGGACAGGCUACCGCGGCGGUCUGGACACCAAAAAUGACACCACAGGGAUGCAUUCAGUUUAUACUGUAUACCAAGGGCAUGAGAUCAUGUUUCACGUUUCCACCAUGUUGCCAUAUUCCAAAGAGAACAAACAGCAGGUGGAGAGGAAGCGCCACAUUGGAAAUGACAUCGUCACCAUUGUGUUCCAGGAGGGAGAGGAGCCUUCUCCUGCCUUUAAGCCUUCCAUGAUCCGCUCCCACUUUACACAUAUUUUUGCCUUAGUGAGGUAUGAUCAACAGAAUGACAAUUACAGGCUGAAAAUAUUUUCAGAAGAAAGCGUACCACUCUUUGGCCCCCCCUUGCCAUCCCCACCGGUGUUUACAGACCACCAGGAAUUCAGGGACUUUUUGCUAGUGAAAUUAAUCAAUGGUGAAAAAGCCACUUUGGAAACCCCAACAUUUGCCCAGAAACGUCGACGUACUCUGGAUAUGUUGAUUCGCUCAUUAUACCAGGAUUUGAUGCCAGAUUUGCAUAAGAACAUGCUCAAUAGACGAUCUUUUAGUGACGUCUUACCAGAGUCACCCAAGUCCGCACGGAAGAAAGAAGAGGCCCGCCAGGCAGAAUUUGUUAGAAUAGGGCAGGCACUAAAACUGAAAUCCAUUGUGAGAGGGGAUGCUCCGUCAAGCUUGGUGGCUUCAGGGAUCUGUAAAAAAGAGCCUUGGGAGCCGCAGUGUUUCUGCAGUAAUUUCCCUCACGAAGCCGUGUGCGCGGAUCCCUGGGGCCAGGCCCUGCUGGUUUCCACUGAUGCUGGCGUCUUGCUAGUGGAUGAUGACCUUCCAUCAGUGCCCGUGUUUGACAAAACCCUGCCAGUGAAGCAGAUGCAUGUGCUCGAGACUCUGGACCUUCUGAUCCUCAGAGCAGACAAAGGGAAAGACGCCCGCCUCUUUGUCUUCAGGCUCAGUGCUGUGCACAAGGCCAUCGAGGGCAAACAGGCUGUGAAGAGCAAGUGUGACUGCAGGGAUAACAAGCUGGAGAAAACAAAAGGCUGCCACCUGUAUGCCAUUAACACUCACCACAGCAGAGAGCUGAGGAUAGUCGUCGCCAUCCGGAACAAACUACUCCUGAUCACGAGGAAGCACAACAAGCCAGGCGGGGUGGCCAGCAUCCCCCUGCUGUCUCCCCCGUUGGAGUCACCUGUGGAGGAAUUCCAGUACAUCCGGGAGAUAUGUCUGUCCGACUCUCCCGCGGUGAUGACUUUAAUAGAUGGGCCAACCGAGGAGAGUGACAAUUUCAUCUGUGUGGCUUACCGACACCAGUUUGACAUGGUGAACGAGAGCACGGGGGAGGCCUUCCGGCUGCACCACGUGGAGGCCAACAGGGUUAAUUUUGUGGCAGCUAUUGAUGUGUACGAGGAUGGAGAGGCCGGGCUGCUCUUAUGUUACAACUACAGUUGCAUCUAUAAAAAGGUUUGCCCCUUUAAUGGGGGCUCUUUUUUGGUUCAACCUUCUGCGUCAGAUUUCCAGUUCUGUUGGAACCAGGCUCCUUACGCGAUUGUGUGCGCUUUCCCGUACCUCCUGGCCUUCACCACCGACUCCAUGGAGAUCCGCCUGGUGGUGAACGGGAACCUGGUGCACACAGCGGUCGUGCCGCAGCUGCAGCUCGUGGCCUCCAGGUCAGAUAUAUACUUCACAGCCACCACUGCUGUGAACGAGGUCUCGUCCAGAGGCAGCUCCAAGGGGGCCAGUGCCCAUAAUUCUCCUCAGACGCCCCCAGGCCGAGAUACUCCAGUGUUUCCUUCUUCCCUGGGGGAAGGUGAAACUCCGUCCAAAAAUCUGUACAAGAUUCCACUCAGAAACCUUGUGGGCAGAAGCAUCGAACGACCUCUGAAGUCGCCUCUGGUCUCCAAGGCCGUCACCCCGCCCACGGCCAUCGGCCUGGGCAUUGCUGCCAUUCCCGUCACUCACUCCCUGUCCCUGUCCCGCAUGGAGAUUAAAGAAAUAGCCAGCAGGACGCGCAGGGAACUGCUGGGCCUCUCUGAUGAAGUUGGACCCAGGUCAGAAGGAACACCAAAGCCCAAAUCAAAAGCCCGGAAGCAAUUAGAAGAAAGCCAAGGAAGCCCGAAGCCAGGGACAGCAAGAUCAACUAGCAGUGACAGGAUCACCACGGGCUCCUUGGAAAGUCCUUCUGCUCCAGAAGCCAACCCCGAGGGACGCUACCACUCGAUGGGCUCUGACCAGGACCCUGUGGCGGACAGAGAAGGCAGCCCCGUGUGGGGCAGUAGCCCCUUUCAGCUCACAGCUUCCUCGGAUGAAGACAUUAUUGACCUGAAGUAAACAGGGUCCGGAUCAAGUUUGCCAUCUUUCAUUUUCUUAUGGAGGUUUAUACUCUUUAACCAGUUCUGACAGCAUUUCUCAACAAAAUGUGGCUUUUAGCCCACCCGUGAUCUACUGGACCAAACCUUCUGCACACCUGGCCGGUUUGGAUCUCUCCAAUGUCCGGUGCCAUCUUUCUUGACCUCUGUUUCUUUCUGUUCAGGAACCAUCAGUCCCCUUGUAAUAAAGGUAGUAGAUUUCAUUGAGGUUUUAGAUUGAGACUUUGAAUAAAUCAAAAAUGUUCAUUCUUAUUUACUGCAACCUUCUCUUGUAUUUUAUAUACUUUGAUGGAAAGAUUAUUUUUUCAUUAUGGUUUUGAUUUAUGUCACAUAUUGCAUUUCUUUUAUAAAGAAAAGCCAUUGCUUUUUAAAUUUAUCAUAAAUAAGUUUUCUUUCUGCACAUUUGGCCCCUGUUGCUGUUUCAGUUCACUGAGUUUGGAACCAGCUGUGUCCCUGCCUGUAGACUUUCGAGAAAAGCUGAAUGGUUAGUUCCUAGAAGCUCCUGUUCCCUCCUUGUGUCUCACAAAGCCUGUUAAGAGUCUUAAGAUUAUUUUGUUUGGUUUUGUAGUUACUCUGAAAUCAUACAGCCAGGCAAUAGUCACUCCUUGUCACCAAAAUCAUCAUCCUCAAAUUCCCUUCUCAUGUUCAGGUCUGCUUUGCUCUUCCACGUGAACCAAAUGAUUGCCCUUCUCUUGUCAUCACUUGCCUUCUGUUGCCCCCUCCUCAAAGUGAGAAGAAAACGUGGGCUUGACCAAGUGCAAAUGAAACCGUGAAAUGUCAGCCUCUAGCCACGGGAGAUCCAAGGGGGAAACCUAGUUGCACUGACACUGUAAAAAUUUUAAUCUGUGUGAAGGAGGUAAUUUACCUUUGGCUUUAGUCUAACGGAUCCCAUUUUAUUAGCUCUCUUCUUGCCUAAAUUACCCACCAAAAGAAACUUUAAAUCAUUCCUCCCGUGAAAGCAUCCCUGAGGUUCUUCUGCACGCGUUCUCCGGGAGUGCAGGGAGCUGUGUUUGACAUGACCUUGACUGGACAGAUUUUACAGAAGUUUGGGUCCUACCUCCUCAUGGGCCUUGCACACUGUGGGGAGAGCUCGCUUGUCGGCCUGUUGCACAACUGCCUCUGUGGUGUUUGUGCAGGAAACAGCCCAAAACGCUGGAUCCAGUGAAGGCUGCCUGGUUCCCUUCAGCAGACGGCAGGAGGGCGAGAGGAGUGCCUACAGUGCUUUCUAGGUAUAGCCAGGUAUGCCCUCGCUGUAGUCAGCAUUGCCGUUCCUCCUCUGUGUUUCCUUCUGCCCCUUAUGCUGUAUCGCAACCUCGUGAAAAGUUUUGGGAGUUAGAUUUUAUUAUUAUUGCUUUUCAAAUAAGUAAACUGAGGCUCAGAAAGGGACAGUGAUUUGAAACUCUGAGUUCUCUGACCCCAGAGCUCUGUUCUCUCCCCUGUCCACCAUGCAGAGUCAGGCUGAGUGCCUUGUGUCAGUUGGAUCUGACUGGUGUUUUUCAUGUUAAACUAAUUUGUAAGCUUUAUGAGUUUGUGUGUUCUUUCUGUCAUCUUUUUUUUUUUUUUUUCCUGGAGUUUCUUGCUUC